CGUCCCAACUACCGACGGUACCGGCGGCAUGAGGAGCACCGAGAUGUUGACCGCGGCGGGGGGCGCUGCCGCCGCCGCCGGGACGACCACGCCGUCCACCGCGUCGGUGGCCGACCUGGCCGGGGGAGUCCCUUCCGCCGGCGCCGGCGGGAACUUCCCCCUCGGCGCCGCCAUCCUCGCCUUCGCCAUCGCCAACUUCGUCAACGUCCUCUCCAUCUGGUUAAAGGAGAAGAGAUGGGAUGCAAGGAAGUUUCUCAUUUCCUCUGGAGUUAUCUCGUCCCUUUCUGCUACGGUGGCAAGUUUGGCCGUGGCGGUUGGCCAACAAGAAGGCGCGGAUAGCUCUGUUUUCGCCCUUGCGUUGGUUUUUUCUGCCGUUGUUAUGUAUGAUGCAUCAGGAGUUAGGUUUCACACAGGUCGACAAGCUGCGUUGUUAAAUCAAAUAGUUUCUGAUUUAUCACCAGAACAUCCAAUUAUCUCUACCUUUAGGCCGCUUCGGGAAUUUCUCGGACACAGUCCAUUUCAGGUUUUUACCGGAGCGCUUGUUGGUUGUACAGUAGCAUAUUUAAUGGGGAAAUCUGUAUGAGAAAUAGUUGGCAUUUGCCUUGUGCUCAAAUAUACCACAUUACUUAUAUAAGGGACUUCUUUUUUGUGUGCAAAGUUUCAUUCGUAUCAGUAUCAAAGUGCCACUGUCCUUGUGUUGAA